AUGACUGGCAUUCCAUUGGUGCCUGAUGGCCCAACUGAUUUCGGCGACUUCGUGAGGAAUGAAGACGAGGAGCUUGAUCUCGAAGAAGCCGUAGAACCCUGGCAUAAGUACGACGUCAAAGCAACACCGGAAGUUUUUUAUCCCAUUCGCCUUGGAGAAGUGCUUAAUGAGAGAUAUCUGAUUGAACAUAAACUCGGCUUUGGUGGCGGUUCUACUGUCUGGAUGGCUUAUGACAUUCAGGACAAGACAGACGUGGCCCUUAAAGUCAUGUGUUUAGGGGACUGGGGUGAAAACGAAUACCGCAUACAGGAUGAAAUCAGUCAGAACGUGGAGGAUACCUCUCAUCUAGUGAUGUAUCUAGGGACUUUUCUCCUCCCUGGAAACGAACCUAGACAUAGGGCUCUAGUAUACCCUUUGAUGGGUCCAUGCAUUGAUUUUAUUCUGUUGAGAAAAAUUCCUAUGGCUAGUCGCAUGUCCGCUGCUCGGCAGUUGCUAGAAGCCCUGGAACAGCUACAUAAAGCAGAAAUUGUACACUGUGAUUUGAAUGAGAGAAACUGUAUGUGGGGGAUGGUUUCUCUCCGAGGUCUUGAUAGGAGUGCGAAAUACGAGACACUCGGUCGGCCACUAAAGCAAACCAUACCAUUUGUCGACCUUUGGAAGAAGGGGGAGCUUGUUCGGCAAGUCGAUGUCCCUGAGAACUUACGUACCGAGGAAUUCUUUCUCGGAGACUUUGGUGUUGCGCAAAAGCUUGGCGAUAGCGUUACUCAACUAGGCUUCCCCCUUCAGAAUACUGUUCCCCAGAACGCCUUCAUGGAAAAGAUCCGAGUCUUGCCUGCGAUAUGUGGAGUUAUAUGGUUGUAUUUGCCGUGCUCUAUCUUCGCUUUCCACCUUUCCAUAGGUGGACUUCGCCGGAUGGAAUAG